UCUUAGCCGGGGCAACUAUUGCGCCCGAAAUUGCCGAAGCGAACGCAACCCCUGUGCCAACCAUUCGACGUACACACGCUUCCAAAACGGAUCCGGAUCCGUAAUCCUUUCUUUCAAUAUCGCGAUACACCGGUUCCACCCCCGUCUUUGCAUUGUCAUACCUUUAUUAUAUAGAUAGUAAUCGGUGCGACGAAGUGUGUUAGUUUGUGAGUCUUGAGAUGAUAAGUAUGACUUGUGUGCUCUGAGGAGAAAAAUCGAGGAGACAAGGAAGAUGCCACGAGCGUUCCUGAUCACGCAUCGCAGGUACAACGGUGCUGAAGAAGAAAUCGCAGGAUCUGAAAGAGAUUUCAGUCCUGAGAGAAGUGUUAGACUGGCCGACUACAGCGGCGGUCAACCAACUUCUGAUGGCGCCAGCGAGUGCGGCAGCGAGACGUCGUCCGAGUGUCCCGAGGAGUUGUACAAUCUGACGAAGCUGGCGGAAGUGAGUCUGGCAGCAGCGGCGGGCACUUUAAUCCAUCACGGCAAUGUCAUUUAUCAGCGACCAGCGUCGCCAAAGUUCGCGCAGUAUCCUGCGGAGGCAAGUAGGACGUUUGGCUCUCGAUCCACCAUCCAGGUGACGGAAAAUCAGGGGGAGUCCCAAGUCCUGGACGAACGAACGAGACUCUUCUUCGAACGAAUCGAAACCGAGAGGGAGAUUCUGAAGACUCGUCCCGAGGAGAACACUACCUCGGGAAUUCGUCUUUCGCCACGGCAUCCCUCCUCGCAGGAGGAAUCAUGUCGUUCGAAAGUGACGGUCGUUCCCGAUGUCGGCGUCGAUCCGGCAUCGGUUCCUUCGACGACGUCGAUCCAAGGUCGCAGGACGACCGCAGCCGAGCUCAAAUCGGAGGACAACGAGGAUCACGAAUGUCCCGACUGCGGCAAGAAGUACUCGACCUCCUCGAAUCUGGCCAGACACCGACAGACGCACAGGUCAUUGGGAGAUAAAAAGGCCAGGAGGUGCCCGCACUGUGACAAGGUUUACGUCAGCAUGCCGGCAUUCAGCAUGCACGUGAGGACCCACAAUCAGGGCUGCAAGUGCCACUAUUGUGGCAAGUGCUUCUCCAGACCGUGGUUGCUGCAGGGACACAUACGUACACACACAGGUGAAAAACCUUUCAAGUGCACCAUUUGCAACAAAGCCUUUGCCGACAAAUCGAACCUACGAGCUCAUAUACAAACGCACUCGAAUACCAAACCCCACGUGUGCGGUCGUUGUGGCAAGGCUUUCGCUCUGAAAUCGUAUCUCUACAAGCACGAAGAAUCGUCUUGCAUGCGUGCCCAUCAUCGAUCGUCUACGGAUAAAACCGAUCAGAUUGAGCAACAAACGACAUCGCCAUCGGUGAAACCGAGUGCUCCAUUAUCGUCGUCCUUGAACAAAUCGUUACAAUCGACGUCGUGCGUCACGGCAUCGCCCACUAGCGUCAUAGUUCCUCGAUUGGGACUCGAGCGUGAUCAGAAAGGCUCGUCGUCUGCGUUUUCCGCGAUCAUAAGACACACCAGAACAUCGGACGCACCCGCAGCGACGCCAUCGAAACGACCCUGCAGAGAGAAGACACCCUGUCCGAACGAUUUGGAGAGGCAGAGUGACCCCCCCGAGUCGGUGACUAAAGAUCCGGAUUACGUGUCAAGAAUGGUCAUCAGAACGUCGGUGAUAUCACCCAAUCCGGAGCACUUGCAUCUCCGUUUCGAAAAUGACGUUAAAAGUUCCUCGACUACGUUCGAUUAUUCCGAUCCGACAAGAUCCUCGGCCUUUUCGAGACCUGCCACAAUGACUUUGAAUCUAGCCAUCGCGUAAAUUUUGAUUAACUUAACCCAAAUCAGACCAAUAAAUCAAAGAGAAUUCAGAUUUUACUUUGUGCUUACGUUUGCACGAAACAAUUUUAUAAUAAGGAAUUUUCUCGAGAUACAGAAUUCAAUCGGAGAUUUUAAUUAGACGAAGAUUCCAAGAUAUUCUACUUGAAAUAUUCUGAGUUUUUAUAAAAAAAUGAAAACAAAAAUUUAGAAAUUCUUUUAAUCAAUUAAAACAAUAAUUAAAACUGAUUUACGAGACUGUGGUAUUAAAUAACUUAAUUGAAAUUGAAAAAUUGAAGAAGAAGAUAUGGAUUGUUGGGACGAUUGUACAGUUAAAACAAUCGACAUUUCUUUUAGUUAUCAAUUUUUUUUCAUUAAAAAUCUGCUUCAAAUUGAGUCAAUUUUUUUAACAGUAUAUACAAUUACUGGAAACAGUUUGAGAGUUGACGGACGUUCUAUAUAAUUUUGAUGGCGCUUUCUCAGAUGUUAUAAGAUUCUAUAACUAUCGAUAUUUUCUUUUAUCGAACUCAGAUCAUUUCUAACGUUAAACGACAUUGCGAAUUAACAAAGAAUCAUCGACAGUGUUUUUUUGCGUAUGACAGAUAAUAUUAUUCCAAGCACCUUCCGAAUUAGGGACCAUCUAGCGAGUUAGUCGUAAUAAUGUUAAAUUUGUAAGCCCGUUUAAUUUAGCGCGAAUGUAUCGAUGUAAAGUCGUGCCUUACAUAAGUAUAUCGGAUCGUGUCCUAGCAGCACGACGCAGCGACAGACAGCUCCGACAGAAUUAGCGUGUACGCGGAUGAACGUGUGGGGAAAGAAAUUUUCGAGAGCGUCUGCUUAAACGCCAAACUCGUGACCUUAUCUAUUUAAAGGCGUGGCGUCGCUAUCGCGCGGCGUUAAGCGAUUGAGAUUGAUCAUCGACACGGACUGAAUUGCAGCGCCGUCGUCUUAUUAUUAUUUUAGGAUUAAAUGACAUGAACGCGAGAUUCCCCCCAAGGCUCUUCGAGGCAGCUACCGAACUUUGUAAGAUGUAGAAUACGAAUAUGAACAACAGGUGUGGCGAAUCCUAAGAAAGAGAAAGGAAGAUAUCUUCGUUCUAUACAUAACCGAGAGAUGAGUUUCUACGACUUUUUGCGACCAACGAUAGAAAGCGACGCAACCGUUUGGGCGCGGUUUGUCUUUGCCUAGAGAAGAAAGAAUUUUCUUACGGGAAAAAAAAAAAAAAAAAGAAAGAAAGAAAACGCGUCGGUUCUCGAAAAGCGAGAAAGCGUGUAUCUGUGAUUCGGAAUUGCGCAAUCCGGUUGCCGCAAAAAGCCGGCUCCAGACACAAUGCGAUCAUUUGCCAAAAAUAUAGAAAUAAAAUAUAUAUACAUAUGUAAUAUUACACAUUUCAUAUCAUAGAAUUAAGUCUAGACCCAGUGUGGUCGUUCAUUAGUGUACCCACCUGUUAUGUGAUGAAUUUUGCUGUAUUAAUUCUAUGCAAUUUAGUAUAUCGUGUGUGUGUAACGUCGUCAACGAACGUUAUCCAGUCGAGAGCAUUAGUGCCAUAGCAGCGUUCUCCAGCAGCGAAGUAAUUAUAGCGGCGAUAAAUAAGCCCUUCUCCUUUCGUUCGUUUGCGGUGCCAGAGAUUGGUGUCCGAUCAGAGUGUCUGAACUAGUCGAAUCCGUUUCGCCAUCGUGAACGCAAUCUGCCGUCAUGAAGAAAGCUUUCAAUUUUCCACGUCGCGAUUUAUCGUCGCGAUCAGACAUUAUCUCGAAUGACGAUAUUAAAUUUUUUUGUCCCUCUUCGAAGGAUUCGGGCGGUAAGAUUAUGCGGAUUACGCGAGUGGCGGCGGUUAUGAUAAAGAUUUCGUAUAGGUGUAAUAAUGUGUCGCGCCGCGCAACAAGAUCGACCGUCGCGUUAGCCGAGGAAUCUGCUCGAGUCGAUGUAAUUGUAAUUAAUUUACGAGCGGCUCGGACACACACGCGCGUCCUAGUCAUACGAUAGAUCGCCCGUGGACGAGAAUAGGGAUCCCGAUCUAGCGUUAAGCACGCGUUGAUCACACAUUGUAAAUAGCAUUCCCACUUUUACAUAUUAGACACUUUAGUGUCUCGCGCGUGCGAGAAAGAAAGAGACAGAGGCGUUUUGGUACACUCGUUUUUAGAUAGCGAUUUAUUACGACCGUUGUAUGUAUUAUACGUGCUAUUUGUACACACACCGGAGUGCCUAUACGCGAAACAUUUACCCGCAUCUUUUUUACGAAUUGUAAAAGUCUUGUCUAUUAUGUAACGAAAGAAUAAAAACACGAAGUGAUA